AAGCGGCGAAGCAAGAUGUCGGUGCUGGAAGGUCCGCUAAACGUGCUCGGCCAGAGAAGCACUGGCGAGUCAGUCCGCACUCAAAAUGUCAUGGCAGCGGCCUCGAUCGCAAACAUAGUGAAAAGCUCCCUCGGUCCUGUUGGCCUGGAUAAGAUGUUGGUGGACGACAUUGGAGAUGUUACCAUCACCAAUGAUGGAGCCACGAUCCUGAAGCUCCUGGAGGUUGAACAUCCUGCAGCUAAAGUGUUGUGCGAGCUGGCUGACCUGCAAGACAAAGAGGUUGGAGACGGAACCACGUCAGUGGUGAUCAUUGCUGCAGAGUUGCUGAAGAGUGCAGAUGAACUUGUGAAGCAGAAAAUUCACCCCACGUCUAUAAUCAGUGGAUAUCGCCUGGCUUGCAAGGAAGCGGUGCGGUACAUUAAUGAGAACCUCACCAUUGGCACAGAUGAUCUGGGAAGGGAAUGUCUCGUUAACGCAGCAAAAACCUCAAUGUCCUCCAAAAUUAUUGGAGUUGAUGCAGACUUCUUUGCAAACAUGGUAGUUGAUGCAGCUCUUGCAGUGAAGUUCGUUGACGGGAAGGGCGUGGCUCGCUACCCCAUCAAUUCGGUCAACGUGCUCAAAGCCCACGGACGCAGCCAGAAAGAGAGCUUCUUGGUCAACGGUUACGCGCUCAAUUGCACAGUUGGAUCACAAGGUAUGGUGAAGCGUGUGACCAAUGCCAAGGUGGCGUGUCUGGAUUUCAGCCUGCAGAAGACCAAGAUGAAGAUGGGGGUCCAAGUGGUCAUCAGUGACCCUGAGAAACUGGACCAGAUCAGACAGAGGGAGUCUGACAUCACAAAGGAGCGCAUUCAGAAGAUCCUUGCCUCAGGUGCAAAUGUCAUCCUGACCACUGGGGGCAUCGAUGACAUGUGCCUGAAGUACUUUGUGGAUGCAGGGGCCAUGGCUGUUCGCAGGGUCCUGAAGAGGGACCUCAAACGCAUCGCCAAGGCAACAGGAGCCACCGUUUGUCCAUCCUUGUCUAACCUGGAGGGAGAGGAGACGUUUGAGGCUACCAUGCUGGGCCAGGCAGAGGAGGUUGUACAGGAAAGAGUGUGUGACGAUGAGCUCAUCCUCAUCAAGAACACUAAGGCCCGCACAUCUGCCUCCAUCAUCCUGCGUGGGGCCAACGACUUCAUGUGUGACGAGAUGGAGCGCUCUCUGCACGACGCGCUCUGUGUGGUCAAGAGAGUGCUGGAGUCCAAGUCUGUCGUGCCAGGGGGAGGCGCUGUUGAGGCAGCUCUUUCCAUUUACCUGGAGAACUAUGCCACCAGCAUGGGUUCCCGCGAACAGCUGGCCAUUGCUGAGUUUGCCCGCUCUCUGCUAAUCAUCCCCAAGACCCUGGCUGUGAAUGCCGCCCAGGACUCCACUGACCUGGUGGCUAAGCUGAGAGCUUUCCACAAUGAAGCCCAGGUCAACCCAGAGCGCAAGAACCUCAAAUGGAUCGGUCUGGAUCUGGUCAACGGGAAGCCCAGAGACAACAAGCAAGCUGGAGUGUACGAGCCAACCAUGGUGAAGACCAAGAGCCUGAAGUUUGCCACCGAGGCAGCCAUCACCAUCCUCCGAAUCGAUGACCUCAUCAAGCUGUUCCCAGAACAGAAGGAAGGGGGGCCAUCAUACCAGGAUGCAGUGGAGUCUGGAUCUCUUGAAGGCUGAACACUUCCAGCAGCCUCAGAGAUUGUCCUAGUGUUUUCUUACCUGUAUUUAUACAAGCAUUUACUGUACUGUUUGACAGGAUGUAGGCUGUGCACUUCACUUCUCUUGCUUCCACAGGCAAGCUGUAGCUGUUGGAACUGUAACGUUUUGGACGUUGGAAUAAAGAUUGUAGAGGCCCCCAUUAAUUGUGUUGAUGCUCACUUAAUAUCAAAACAGUCCUUUACUGUCAGAGUACGACAAUUGCAGUGAACCUGUUAAUCACCCUGUUACUGUUCUCAGUUUUGCACCAGAUGAAUCCAACAAAAUCUGA